AUGGAAAGCUUUGACGACGUGCCAUUUUUGGGCACUGUCCCCGAGCCGUCUAUUCCUGAUGAUCACUUGCCGGCUGCCAUCAACGAUGCGAGGCCCAAGAAAGCCGGCGAUGGGCAGUCCGGGGAUCCAGGCACUCCAACCUCCGACCGCUCCAUCAACUCGGGACGGCCGCCAACCCACAACACCAGUGAACUGGGUGGCGGGACGCCCAUUUCCUCCGAGUUUCCUCAAGAAGAGGAAGAUGAGGAACCUAAGGUUGCGACAUCCUUUGAGCGAGAGCCGGGAUCAGCUUUCGCGCAGAAGCAUCGUGUCUGUGUGGACACGGAGGAUGAAGGCGUCAAUCGGAUGCACAAGUUCACUCUCUAUGAGACCGCCACUCGAUUCUACGUGGUGGGAAUUAAUCUGGCAGAGACAAGAUUCCGGAUCUUGAAGAUCGAUCGUACCUCAGAGUAUGGCGAGCUGAGCGUGACUGAGGAUGAUAUGGUGUACUCCAAGCGGGAAAUGGUCCAGCUGUUAGAUGCUAUAGACGACGGCAACAAAAGCUCCGGUGGACUGAAGCAGAAGUGCAGCGCGUGGGCCCUUUUGGGAUUUAUCCGAUUUACAGGCGCUUUCUACAUGCUUCUUGUCACGAAGAGAAGUCAGGUUGCCGUGCUUGGUGGCCACAAUGUCUAUCAGAUCGAUGAAACAGAGCCAAAGUCGGAGAAGCAGUCAGAAGAGGAGAGGUACCGGGCAAUACUGAGCAAUCUGGACUUGACUCGGUCAUUUUAUUUCAGCUAUUCCUAUGAUAUCACGCGGUCUCUGCAGCAUAACAUCUCACGCGAGCGCGAGGCGCAUCAUCGAGGCGUUCACCAAGCCACAUCCCGAGACUACAACACGAUGUUCAUUUGGAACAAUCACCUGCUUGCACCUGCCAUUCAGACCCUGAAGAAUCCAUACGAAUGGUGUCUACCUAUUGUUCAUGGUUACGUGGACCAGGCCAAAAUGAGUGUCUUUGGGCGUGUAGUCUACAUAUCGAUCAUCGCUCGGCGCUCUCGGUUCUUUGCGGGCGCACGGUUCCUCAAGCGUGGUGCAAACGAUCUAGGCUUUGUGGCCAAUGACGUUGAAACUGAGCAGAUCGUGUCUGAGCAGACGACUACAUCCUUUCACUCUGCUGGCCCUGGGUUGUACGCAAAUCCAAACUACACCUCGUAUCUCCAGCAUCGGGGCAGUAUCCCUCUUUACUGGACUCAGGAGAACACGGGCGUAUCCCCCAAGCCAGCCAUUGAAUUAAACCUCGUGGAUCCGUUCUAUUCGGCUGCGGCAUUGCACUUUGACAAUCUGUUCGAAAGAUAUGGGGCACCAAUCUAUAUUCUGAAUCUUGUCAAGUCAAGGGAGCGCAUGCCUCGUGAAUCCAAACUGCUUCACGAAUUCACCAACGCGGUGACCUAUCUCAAUCAAUUUCUUCCAGCUGACAAGAAGAUGGUAUACAAGGCGUGGGAUAUGAGCCGUGCUGCGAAGAGCCGCGAUCAGGACGUUAUUCAAACUCUUGAAGAUAUUGCUGGCGAUAUCAUUCCAAAGACUGGCUUCUUCAGGAACGCACAGGAUGUUGAAAGUGGCCUGAAGUUACAAAAUGGGGUCGCACGUACAAAUUGCAUCGAUUGUCUAGAUCGUACCAACGCCGCACAGUUCGUCAUCGGUAAAAGAGCCCUUGGAUAUCAGCUUCAUGCACUCGGUGUCAUUGAUGAAACAACCAUCGAAUUUGAUUCAGAUGUCGUCAAUCUCUUUACCACAAUGUGGCAUGACCACGGAGACACUAUCGCAAUCCAGUAUGGAGGGUCACACCUGGUCAAUACCAUGGCCACCUAUCGCAAGAUCAACCAAUGGAGCAGCCACUCGCGAGACAUGGUCGAAAGCUUCAAGCGAUACUACAACAACUCCUUCCUCGACGCACAGCGCCAAGAAGCGUACAAUCUGUUCCUUGGCAAUUACAUUUUCUCCCAAGGGGCGCCCAUGCUGUGGGACCUCACAACUGACUAUUAUCUCCACAACACCGAUCCUCGGCUUCACCUGGACAAAAAGCGCCCCAACUACAUUUCUUGGUACACUCCGGAGCAUUUGAAUGAAAGAGAAUUCCCUCCUCUUCCGGUUCGGCCUCAGGAACCAGUUUCACACUUUGACGAUUAUUGGCUUGAGUACUAUCGGCCCUUGAACGUCUCGACAAUGUCCAAAGUCUUCUCCUACAAGAUGAACUCAACCCUACGAUAUCUUCCCCACUUUCGCUCUGGAAAUUCCGACCCCGAUCUCAGUCCAUUCGUACCUCGCAUCUCACAAGAGCAGCUCCAACGAGACCGGCCCCCAACCCGAACUGUCCGAAUUCAGGAGCCAAGCGAUCAGGUUUCUGAAGGUUCCACCGUGGUUACAGAACAAGCUCGCGAGGACCCCGAUAGCUGGAAGCAUCAACCUCCGUCUUCCACCAAGCAAGCUCCAUCUUCUGGAAUCAUGAGAGAACCAGCAUUUGAGCUCGACGAAGCUCCUCGCAUUCCCCCAAUAAAUCAACCCUCCACCGCAAUCACCACGCCCAGCAAAGCACAGAUCGCCCAGUGGACACUAGGACAACUAGUGAGCGACUCUUUGAGCCCUUCCGUCACCGCCGCCGAAGCCGAGGAAUACGAGCGUUACAUCAAUCAUCCUCUCAAAGUACCUCUCGUGGUCACCUCUGAAGACGAGAUGACUGCAAGCUCAAUUCGCGAGCACGGUGCCAACCUCGACCUUCUCGAAUACGUGAACAAAUGUAAGAUUGAAGAUGCUGUCCUCGAAGCCAAUGCCGAGGAAGAUCUGGCAGAGUAUGCCGAAUUCCUGAACGUGUCAGAAGAAGGCUUGACUGUCGUUAGUGACGAUUAUCAGAAGAAACGAUACAAGCGUUAUCGCCAAUGGCUGCGUGGUAAGAGCCUUUUCAAACAACGAGUCGAUCCGUGA